AAACGGAAGUGAAAGCAAGCAGUCCUACAAACAGGAGGCGAUUGGCGGCGCGUUUUAAAGUGAAUGGAUGGCUUUUCCCUUUAGAAAACAACGGCAGCGAUUCAAUUUCUUUUCGCCUUCUACCCAAAGCUGACCGAGCUCUGUGGAUGCGGGCAUUUUCUUCUCAUUAAUUCUGGAAGAAACAGGGGAGAAUGUACUUGGGAUGGCUAAAUUUUGGCUCGUCCUCACAACAUUGGGUCCAAUUUAACCAAAACGCAGUGGAUCCAGGAGUAAAAAAACAACAGAGUGCCAUUUCUUAUCAAAAUGGCCUCUUGAAUGGACUGACACCAUUAUGGGAAAGCGCACAUGUUUCUCAUCAGACACCUGGAGGGAAACAUGUUGGGUACAAAAGGACGUUUGUUGAUAUUCAUAACCCUUCCUGUAAUCCACAAGGAGGGAAUCCUUUCCAUGGAGACGGAUUUCAAAAUGCGCUGAAUAAUUCUUCACUUCACAGUGGCUCUGAUCAUAUGUCAAAAACAAUGUGUUAUCAGGACAAUAUGAGAGAGCACAGAUUUCAGUACAGGCCAACACCACCUACAUCCGAUAGCAACAUGUUUUCUCUUCCUCUUCAACAUAGGGGGAAUGAGGAUUUGCAUCAAGUUUCUAACAAAGUUCCGUCGCAACCUAAAAUAGUCCCCUUUCAACCAACGACUCCACUUCAAGUGAUACAGGGGGUUGCAUCCUCUUCUUUAAACAACACCGGCAUUUCAGUCAACACAACUAAAUACGGACUGUAUCCUUCUGCCCAUACUGGAAGUGCUUCUUUCAAUCUCAAGAACUUUGUUGUAAGACCCCCAUCUACUGGACAGAUUUUGCCGAUUUCCACCUUGAAUCAGCCAACAAAGCAAAUUUCAUCCAUAGUCUUUGAUGGGAGUAAAAAAACAUCCCCCACAGCAGCAGAGAUGAGGCAUAAUGUAAUUGGGACACUUGUGCAGGGAUCCACUUGUCAACAAACUACAACACAGCCAAGUGAACAACAGUUUACCACUGAGUCAAAAGUUGCACAUUUGAAAAAAACGCUUCCACUCCUGUCACAGUUGAUACUGGGCCCUGGAUCAGUGAACAAUAGCACACAGUCAUUAUCAAAUAAUAAACUAAAUGACAGCUCCAGUUCUGCAAGAGUCGUCGCUGUUGUGCAACCAUUGUCACCACAUUGCAAUACGACUACCUGUGCAAGCAAAAGCCCCAAAACACUCAACUUUAAUUUCCCAAUUGUGGACACACAGAACAAGAGUAAACAUGAGGAUUGUUGGAAUUCCCUAGAAAGAGAAAUUCAGCCACCAUCCAACAAAUCUCUGAGUGUGCACAUGUCAGCUACCGGAGAGGCAGAUGACACUCCAUGUGAACGUCUGAGUGUGCAUACGUCAGCUCCCAAACAAUCACAUGACAUGCCAAGUAAAGGCCAUUGUAUUGGUGCAGGUGCACCACAGCAGGUAGACAGUGGAGCUCCAAAAGAGGACAAGGAGGCUAGUAACAAGGAUGCGACCCCACAAAAUGCCAAAGACAGUAGUGUUAAACUGUCCUUUCUCCCAACAACAAAGUGGACCUUGAAAGAAUUAGCUUUGUUGCGUUUAGGACUUGAGAGCCAAGAUUCACCUAGAAGUGCUGAUUUACGUAAACAACUAUUGGUAAUGUUCUGGGGUGGUAGUGUUACAAAUUUGGUUAGUGUUCUUAAGACGAAGUCUCAUUUGGUCUUGGUCAAUCGUGUUCAGUCAUUUUGUGCCAAUAAUGUGAGAGAGGACACUCCUGUCCUGUCACAGGUGGACUCAUCGUUUGCUGAUCAACUCGAGAACUUUCAUAUUCUUAAAGAUGGCGAGGUUUACACAGAACUCCCUUACACAUCGUCAUGGUUGAAUAAAAAUGAACAGCUGGAUGAUAUUGACAAAGAAUUUGGCCCAAAUACUUACAGCAAUGUGAGUGACAACCAGCCAGGUCCAGUUAAAAGAGUCACCAACAUUCCAUCACAGCCAGUUUGUGAGGUUCCCAGACUUGACUUGGAAACAGUCGAGAACGAAUGUAAUGACCCUCUCUACAUAUUCAAGAUUGAGAUUUUGCCACCAGAAGAUGCAAAAGCUAUCUUUGAGCAAGGCCAUGUUGUGAUGUCACAAACUAAACAAAGUGUUAAUCCACCAGAGGAAGUCACAAAUCCUUUUGAUGGUGUGGUAGAUGAGCCAGUCCAAGAGCUACAAGUUCCAAGUGCCUCAAAAGCAGAUAGUCCCAUACAACAUUUCUGCUGCAUUGCCAAGUGGAAAGAAACCAUUUUUGGUUCCAAAACACCACUACAGGACAAAUGCCUGUGCAAGGAAGAGCUAUGCAACCCUAUGAAGAAGCAAGACCAAAUGAACUGUGAACAGUUUACAAUGGAACCUGAUCAUCAAUCUCAUUCACCGGAGGAAGACAUGGAAUCGAAAAGUGAGGAGAAAAUGACCAGCAGCCUUCCUACGAUAGAUUGGCUUGAAAUAUGCAAUGAAAUCAGUGAGACCUUUGAAUUAAAUGAUGAUGAUGAUGAAGAAACAAGUGACCUGGAUGAGGAGCAGCCAAAUGAAAGCCAGCCAACAACUGUAAGCAUAAGCAAAGAAAAUAUCUCCAAUUGUGAGACGAUUACCAAGCACGUUCCUGACAACGAAGAGGGUUGCAACAAAGCUCAGCUGAAAUUUGCACAAAGUUGCCAGUCAAGUGAAAGCCACAUCAUUUCUGAUGAUUGGCGGACUGAAAAUAAAAUUGAGAGUCCGAUAUCACUCAUCGAUGAACAUGGUAAAAAAGCUCCAGUGGCAGCAAAGUCGCCACUGGAAAAUGAAAAAAUACAACGGCGUGCAAAUCCGAGAGAUCAGACAGAUGCCAGUACAACCAAAGCACCAGAAACUAACGAAAGGAAACGGAAGAGACUUAAUGCAAACAGUGUUUUUCCUUACCUGAAGAAGUUGAUGAACAAAAACCUGAAUUCACAUGAAAUCAAAGAGGUUUCAAAAACUAAAAUAGCGCAGAAGAGAACUGUCCAGCUGAAGCUGUUCGGGUCACUAUCACAGGAAAAGGGUGAUUUAAUGAAUCAUUGCAUUGAGUCAACACCACCACCGAAAGUUGUUUGUGCCACGGUUGACAAAACAAACCCCCCUAAAAGUUGCUCAAACUCAGUUAGUUCAACUACAAAAAGGACUUUAUCUCAAUCCAAAACAAAGCUCGGAGCCAAAAUGAAAGCGAUUAGAGACAGAAAAAAGAAACGUGGCUCCCAAAAUCACAAGGAAAUUAUUGGUAACCAACCAAGAAAGUCUUUUAAACAGCACAGAAAAAAGAAUGAAACUGGAACCCCUUCAGAUUUACCCAUCCAGGAGAAUGUCUUGAAGUUCACAGUUUUGCCCAAUAGCUUUAGUUUUGAAGAUGAAUCAACGAGUGAGAAAGAAAGCACAGAAAAUUCUUCAGAUGAACCUCUGUCAGACUCUGAAAAGAAAAGCCCUGAUAAAAAGAGAAGAGUGGAUGUCUGGAGUCAUUUUCCUGUGAAGGAGUUGUCUUCUGUAGACCUUGUUCCUGUGUCCAAAAGCUCUGAUGUCUUUGCAGAGUUUCAGAAGAAAUACAAAGAGAAGUCACAAGCAUCUGUUAAACAGUAAAUAGAGAUACAUCUAAAUGAUUCAUUUGGAAUCUUUUUUGUUUCUGGUUUUGUAUCACAAUUUAAUGCACUGUACAGGAUGUCUUGAGUGUUAUUCACAUUACCUCGACACACUACCUCAUGGCAUUUAUACAUGGUACCUAAUGCCUUAUGUAAACAUUUGUGUAUACUGUAUAUUUUAUAUUUUCCCACGCUCGUAUUUUGGUUUACAUUUCUCCUGUAUUUUACCUGAACCAAAUGUGAUGAUUUAUGUUUGUUUAAUGCAGUAAACAGAAUGACUUAAAGCCUU